GUCACAGUGUGUGCUCAGUGUGAGCUCAGCACCAGGGGCUCCCAAUGCUGGAAGGAGCUGGAGGGCAGGAGUCCUCACUAUGGGCACACACAGGGCCAUGGCAGGCCUCACUGACGUCUUGAUGGAGCUGCCUUAUGUGAAUCAUGUUUGUUUCUACAAAUGGCUGCUCUGGAAGCUCGUCCCUUCCAGUCGCUGGGCUGCCCAGCUGCCCGAGGUGGCUGAUACGCAUGUUGCCUGUUCUGAGAUACAGAACGCCUCAGACCAGGCCUCUGAGCAGGGGCCAGAGGCCUCUUUGCCCUCGAGGCACAAGGCUGUUGUGCAAGGUUUACUAAACCCCUUCUGCUUUUGGCUGCUGUCUCUGCGUAUGAGCCUGCUCGCCUGGUACUUCCGCCUCUGGAAGGUGCAGGAGGACGUGGUCAGCAACGUCCAUCUCUCGCUGGAGUCCUGCACCAACAUGUUCUUCUGCUGGGCCCAGCACCUGCUGCUGGGCUGCAUGCUGCUGCUGCUGCUCAUAUGGAAGGCUUCCCAGAGAGUCCAGCAGUAUGUCCAGAUGCAGCUGCAGCGGAGCUGGAGGGCAUUCGAGAGGCUGUUUGUUACUAAGCUGCUGCUGCUGCUGCUGACCUGCUACUGGCGCCUGGAGAGUCUGGUGGCCCCAAUAGCCUGGGGCCCUGCCUACUGCAUCACCAGGCUCACCGGCCUCAUGUCCUGGCUCCUGCAAGCUGCUUUUGAACAUACCAUCACUGUCGCUAGCCAGGCAGAGGAGGAGGGCGUGGAGAUGGUGAUGAUGAAGACUGAGAGGGGAGGAAGGCCUCACGCUGCCCUAGCACCAAAGGAUUCACAUUUCCUUGGGAAGGAGGCCAAAGUCGAAGUGUCUUCUCAUGGCCUUUAAUAAACGCUG